GAUAUAAUAUUUAUAUAAAUUAUGUUAUAUAUGACCAACGGUACUAUGCAAUAUAUUUUGUUAUUGGUCAAAUUAUGAUUAAGUGAAUAAUCAAUGGUAUUUUUGUUUAGAAAAUAUUUUGUUAUUCUAUAUGUUUAAUACUAAAAUGUUGUCUAUUAGAAUACGGAAUUAGUAUUUAAAUCUAUUGGUGUUUGUUCUCUUGUAGCCUCCUUAUUUCUUGUGGAAGUAUCUCUGUUUUGUGCACUUGGUUGUAUAGUUUGUUACCAACUUUCCAUAUCAAAGCUGAGCUGUUAUAAUAUUUUAUCUUUGCUUUGAAUCUUUAGGUUUAUUCAAGAAUCUUAACUUUUCCAGAUUUUACCAUAUUCUUGGAAGAGUUAAAAACAUAAUAAUGAGUAGGACAAAAAGUCAAACUGUUUGAAGAUUGUUGUACAGCGUGUUGGUUUGACUUGUGAUUCAAGAAAAGUAAACUAAUACGAAACUUCCUGUGAUCAAGCAUAACUGAUAGUGAUCUAUUGAAAAAAAAUAAGCCUGUUUUCUUGACCAUUCUUCUGGCUCUUGACUGGUUUUAUUUGAUGAUCAUAGAUCUUCUACAAUCUCAUCUUGUAAAUCUUUUCUUUCUUCCUUCUCAAUGGCCAAUUCUAUCUUGUUCAUUUCCCUUUUCAUCCUCUUCCCUUUUGUUGUUGAUUCACUUUACUUCAACAUCACCAGCUUUCAACCAGAUGAUCCUUCACAAAACAUAGUCUACCACGGUGAUGCAGCAGCCGAUGAAGAUGGGACGGUAAACUUCAACAGCGCUGCACGUACAUCUCAAGUUGGUUGGAUCACUUACUCAAAGGAGGUCCCUAUAUGGAGUCGUAGAACUGGUAACGCUUCAGAUUUCAACACCAGCUUCUCUUUCAAAAUCGAUGCUCGUAACCUCUCAGAAGAUAGUCAUGGUAUAUGUUUCUUUCUUGCUCCUGUGGGAGCUCCACUCCCUGCAUACACUCCUUCUGGUUUCUUGGGUCUCUUCGGUCCAAAUAUUGAUUACAAAUCUUCUUUUGACCUCGUUCAUAUCGAGUUUGACACGUUUAGCAACCCGGGUUGGGAUCCUAGGGACGUUGCAUCUCAUGUCGGGAUCAAUAAUAAUUCUCUUGAAUCUUCUAACUACACUUCUUGGAACGCAAGUUUGCAUAGUCAAGAUAUUGGUCAUGCACGUGUCUCUUAUGAUUCUGUUAACAAGAACUUGAGUGUGUCUUGGGGUUAUGAGCUAACAGCCUCUGAUGAUGAGAGUUCAAGCCUUUCUUACAUCAUUGACCUAGCUAAGGUUCUACCAUCAGAAGUUAUGUUAGGGUUUAUAGCAGCUGCUGGAUUAAACACAGGUGAACAUAGACUCUUGUCUUGGGAGCUUAGUUCAAGUCUAGAUCCCGAGAAAGCCGACAACAAGACAGGACUGGUUAUUGGCAUUGCGGUUGCUGUCUUUGUUCUAGUGACGGUUCUUGUCAUCUCGACCGUUGUGGUUUGGUCGAGGAAGAGGAAUUCAAGAGAGAUAACAAACAUGGUAUCAUCAUCAUCAAUAAACGAAGACCUAGAAAAGGAAACAGGAGGACCAAGAAAGUUUUCUUACAAGGAUCUUGUGUCAGCAACAAACGGAUUCUCACACCAAAGGAAGCUAGGUGAAGGAGGCUUUGGUGCGGUGUAUAGUGGGAACUUAAAACAAAUCAACAAGAUGGUCGCGGUGAAGAAACUAUCUUGCGGCUCAAGGCAGGGAAAGAAAGAGUUCUUAAACGAAGUUAAAGUCAUCAGCAAGUUAAGACAUCGAAACCUAGUGCAACUCAUUGGUUGGUGUAAUGAAGAAAACGAGUUCUUGCUUAUAUAUGAGUUAAUGCCAAACGGUGGCUUGAACUCUCACCUCUUUGGUAAAAGGGAAGGGACACUAUCUUGGGACACAAGGUACAAGAUAGCUCUUGGUCUAGCCUCUGCGAUACUUUAUCUCCAUGAGGAAUGGGAUCAGUGUGUACUACAUAGAGACAUCAAGGCAAGUAAUAUAAUGCUUGACGGCGACUUCAACGUCAAGUUAGGUGACUUUGGGCUUGCUAGGGUUAUGAGUCAUAAGCUUGAUUCUCAUAAAACAGGAUUAGCUGGAACGUUUGGAUACAUGGCACCCGAGUAUGUUAUGACAGGUUGUGCAAGUAAAGAAUCUGAUAUGUAUAGCUUUGGGAUAGUGUUACUAGAGAUUGUCUCGGGGAGAAAAUCGUUGGAGAGAAGGAAAGAAGAUGAAGAAGAGGAAGGGAACAGUGAUGAUGAUGAUUCGGAGAGUGAUGAGAAGAGUCUUGUGGAGAAAGUGUGGGAGCUUUAUGGGAAGAAAGAGCUGUUGAGUUUAGGUGUAGAUGAGAAACUUGGUGAUGAUUUUAAUAUAGAAGAAGCCGAGUGUCUUCUAGUUUUGGGGUUAUGGUGUGGUCAUCCUGAUAAAAGUUCGAGACCAUCGAUAAAACAAGCGAUACAAGUUAUGAAGUUGGAGUCACCAUUGCCUGCUAAUCUUCCGUUGAAGAGGCCUGUUGCUACGUAUUACAACUCGGCUUCUUCUUCUUCUCCUCCUUCGGUUAACUCUAGUAGAGCUUCGAUAACGUUCUCGAGUAAGGAAUUUGGUCGUUAGCUUAAGAUUUGAGAUUAACUCUUAAGUUCUUACACUUACUAUCUCUGUGCUCUCUUGUUUUAUUUUUGUUAUAAUUGUUUAUGCUCUUGAAGUGUGUCUAUUCUUUGUGGGAUUAUCGUUAAUCCCUGCAUUUUUUAACUGUUUUUCUUUAUAUAUGUAGUUGUGAAAAAAACUCUUUUGUUACGUAUUCGUUUUGGAGACGAGAAUGUGAAAAAAUAAUAAAGUUCUCAUGAUA